AUGGCCUGCGCAGAGAAAGGGGACGCACGUCGUCUUCAGGAGGUGAGGAUUGUCCUCUUGGGGCACGACUGGCUGGAGAAGAGCUUGGUGGGAAACACCAUCCUCGGCUGCCAGAUGUUUGACCUCAGCAGAGACGUGAAGAUGUGCGUCAGGAGGCAAGCUGCUCUCGAGGACGGACAGAAAGUGGUCAUAGUCAGCACUCCAGAAAGGUGGAUCCACUACUCCGUGUGUGACCCUGGCCUGGUAAAUGUGAACAUGGCUGCCUGCAGGGCCAUGUGCCCCCCGGGACCACAAGCCUUCCUCAUGAUCGUGCCCAUCGGCUCACACCGAGGCUGGGAGUGGACAGCAGAGGGACCUCUUGAGCUGUUAAAUGACAGUGUGUGGAGCAGCACUGUAGUAAUAUUCACCAGAUGUGAGCGGCUGAGAGGAACAUCUGUGGAAAAUUAUGUUGCAAAACACGACUUUCUUAAAGCCUUGUUGGAGAGGUGUGCGUACAGAUACCAGCUCUUAGACACGAGUGCUUGGGGCAAGGGUGAUGAUGCUCAGGUUGCACAACUCCUCGUGAAGAUCGAUGACAUGGUUGGAGAAGCUGGCUGUGUGACUGUCAGUGAAAUGGUGUCUAAAAUGACUAAGAAGGAGAAGGAAGAGACCGAAGAGGCUGCCGCUUCACGACGGGGGAGAGUGAAAGAGGCCAGAUGUGCACUCAGAUCUCUCAUGGGACGGCUCCCUUCACUUCCUGUGCUUCGAAUUCUGGUUGUGGGGCCGAAGCAUGUUGGUAAGAGCUCAACUGGAAACACCAUCCUGGGAGAUAAAGUCUUCCCUGUUGGACAGCCGACAUGUCGGUGCGCAGAGAGACAGGGCGCCAUCGGGGAGCAGCAGAUCCGUGUUGUCGACACUCCUGGCUGGCAUGGACGGUACUGCUCUGAGGACACGCCACAGCAGGUGCAGGAACAGAUCUCCCACGGUGUUUCUCUGUGUGCACCCACUCCGUACGCCGUCUUACUGGUCGUCCGCUGCGACGAGAGCUUCACUGAAACCGACAGGAGGAACACGGAGGAACUUCUGAACCUUCUGGGGGUUUGGACUUGGAUCAUUGUGCUGUUCACGUGGGGAGACAAGCUGGGUGUCACCUCCAUUGAGGAGCACAUUGAGAGAUGGCCUGCUCUGCAGUGGCUAGUGGACAAAUGUGGAAACAGAUUUCAUGUUUUCGCUAACACAAACAUGGCUGGAGACGUUCAGGUGAGAGAACUUAUGGACAAGAUCAAGGAGACCGUGAUGGAGAACGACAGCGGCAGCUUGUUGAGGGGUCUCACUGAUCUCCAGCAGAGCAACAGAAAGCUGGAGCACAAGUCCAAAACGACUUUGAGGCAUCUUAAGAAAUCAAAGGCCAACCAUAAUCUCCUCAGGCAAAUAGUUGAAGAGAAAGAGAGGAGAGUAGAAGACCUGAUCAGGACAAGUAAACAGAAAGGUGAUCAGGUUGAAGCUUUAACGAAGGCCUUAGAAGAGAAGAAAGACUUCGAGGUAGAGAUAAGCAGCAGAUUAUUGGAUAUCAAGAAGGAGAACAUCAAUCUGAGGCAGAUUAUCGUGGAAAAAGAAGUGAGGAUAAGAAACCUGAGUGAACAGUGUGCUGUGAAAGACGAGCUGUUAAAAAAUACAAAGCGAAAGGGUGAGGUAGAAAAUAAAGCUCUGGAGGAAAGAUUAAAAGAACAGGAAGUAGAGACGGCGACUUUGAGGGCGACGUGCGAGAGGAAAGAUAAGGAGCUCAGCCAAAUGAUGACGACUCACAAAACAGAAACUGCAGAACUCAAAGAAACAGUUAAACAGAUUAAGAGAGAGAACGUAGAUACAAAGAAACUGCUGAAAGCAACGGUUGAAGGGAUGCAAAUGCACCUCCAGACGAAAGAACGCACUGAUCAAGGUCAGAUCAGGUCAUUGGGGCUUAACGGACAACCAAAAUGGACUUCCACGACUGCACCGAGCCUCCUCGGAGACGACGUCAGAUCUGUUGCAGAAACGGGUCAGAGAAGCCGAACAGCGUUGGAUGAUGUGCUUCUUGAGAAGAGAGAAACUGCAAACCAAGACUGGCAACCUGAGGUGGACAGGACUUGGCUGAGGACUGGAGGCGCAGCACUGGGAGCAGCGAUCGGGGCUUUUGUUGCUUCCUUCAGGUUAUCUAUGGGAAUAAACGUCAAAUCAGCUGGUUGGGCUGCAGCUGGUUGGGCUGCAGCUGGAGCGGCACUGGGCAGUUUACUGGUCCAAGGCGUUGCCUCCCAGCAGAAGGAAAAGGAGCAAGAGCUAGAAAACACUCCUAAUUUCAUAGACAACCCUUAUUUUUAA